AGAAAAUUGACAACCGUCUAUUUAUAUCUGUUUAUUGUUAUUUAUUACAUAUUUGAAAUGAAUGCGCAAAGAGCCCAGUGGAACGUCGCUUAAUCUGUAAAUAUAAUCGCCGUUCCGCGAGAGUAGGAGUAACGUUCAUGCAACAUCAUGUGUUUUAUAACUUCGUGACUGCACGAUUUUCAAUUACUUACUCAAUUUGAUUUCCAGUAGCAUGGUGAUGCCCGAGUGGUGAAUGCUGGCUCGGUAAAAUUACGUUUACCUCCUGAAAGACUGCCGAUACGCUAGUGAUAUUAAUCGAUACUUUACGUACGAGAUAAGCAUGCACUUGUGCCAUUUGAUAGUUCCUUUUUUGGUCAUCGUUCAUCCGGAGGUCUCCGGCGAAGUGUUCACGGCUCUUGUGGACCUGGAAGAGUCGCUGGAGACUGAAGCGUUGCUCAUUCAUACUCUGAGGAAUUACAUUAAUGCCGAAGAGCAGAAAUUGGACUUGCUGAGGAAGUACGUGGAUAUCUAUCAGAGCCAACAUGAUAGAGCGAUGGAGGAUGUUACCGAAUACAUUUCGAACCCUAUUAACGCUUAUACUUUAGUAAAAAGACUAACCACCGAUUGGGAUAACGUUGAAGCUUUAAUGGCCACCCAAGUUAGCACUGAUUAUUUGAAUAAUAUCACGUUCUUUAAGGAAACGAGGAUGUUUCCUAAUAACGAGGAUUUGAACGGAGCAGCAGUGGCACUUACCAGGUUACAAGAUACUUACAAAUUGGAUACUUCAUCUCUAGCUAGGGGCGAGUUAAACGGCGUGAAGUACAGCGCCGAACUCACCGCAGCGGAUUGCUUCGAGCUGGGUAGGCAAAGCUACAACAACGGCGAUUACUAUCACACCCUGUUGUGGAUGAAAGAGGCGGAAGAACGGGUGAACAGCGAGCAAAACCAGACGAUAAACUACAGCGACAUUCUGGAGUAUCUGGCCUUCUCCAUCUACAAACAGGGCGAUUUGUCGCUGGCCUUGACACUGACGAAUAAACUGCUGGAAAUCGUACCGACGCACUCCAGAGCUUUGGGCAACAAGAUCUUCUACGAAUCCGAAUUAGAACGAAUGGUCGAAACUAAGAAGAAAAAAGGCGACGAUGAAUCGGAGGAUGUAAACGUAGAUAAUGACCAACCGGAGCAUUACCAAGAUUUGUACGGAAAAGACCACUACGAAGCGCUGUGUAGAGGUGAAACUUACAUAUCCCCGCAAGUCGAAUCCAAACUAAAAUGCAGAUACCUAUCAAGAAACGACCCCUUCCUGAAGCUAGCCCCCUUCAAAAUCGAAGAGGCCCACCUCAAGCCGGACCUGUACAUCUUCCACGACGUGAUGUCCGACGCCGAGAUCGAGACGGUGAAGCGGCUGGCGUUGCCGCGACUCCAGCGCGCCACCGUGCAGAACUCGCAGACGGGCGAGCUGGAGACGGCCCAGUACAGGAUCAGCAAGUCGGCGUGGCUGAAGGAGCACGAGCACAAGCACAUCGCCGACAUAUCGCAGCGCGUCGAAGACAUGACGGGGCUGUCCAUGAAGACGGCCGAGGAGCUGCAGGUGGUCAACUACGGCAUCGGCGGCCACUACGAGCCGCACUUCGACUUCGCCAGGAGGGACGAGAUGAAGAAUGCUUUCCAGACUUUGGGCACCGGAAACAGAAUAGCGACUGUGCUGUUUUACAUGAGCGACGUGGCCCAAGGGGGAGCCACUGUUUUCCCGAUGGUGGGGGCGGCUUUGUGGCCUAAAAAAGGAACCGCUGCCUUUUGGUUCAACUUGUAUCCGAGCGGUGAUGGGGAUGCUCAAACGAGGCACGCGGCUUGCCCGGUUUUGGCUGGUUCGAAGUGGGUGUCCAAUAAGUGGAUACACGAGUACGAGCAGGAGUUCAGGAGGCCGUGUACUUUGGAGAGGCCGCCGGAAGACUUGACGGCGUAACGUAGUCGGCGUGGAAGUUUUUUAUUAGACUGAUGAGGUAAGAAAUGGAAAGGUUUGAAUAUCAACUCGUCUUUUUUACCUUUUACCUUACCGACCGCAUAUCGAAUUUGUGAAACUCAGAUUUUGCGUAGGAUAUUUUUUUUGUACGACUUUGUGUAGAAUGUACGUUUUUGUAACUAAUAUUGUAAAUUAUGUAAUAUAUUUUUAUUAUACCACUAUUUAAUUGCACUGAUGAGUUU